GUGUUUAACGUGUAGAAACAGCUCUGUAAACUGAUCCGCUUAGCCUGCAGGUGUGUUUACCUGGUGCAGGUAGAGGGGCGUGGCCAGGAAGAACAGCAGCGGGACAGAAGUAGGAAGAGUUCAGUGAGGGAACUCUUCACUCCACACUGAGUGAGCGAGAGAGUAAUCACCCGUGAGAAGGAUGGAGCAGAAGAAGCUGGAAUCUCGACUUUACACUGAUUUCUCUUUUCCUCUAAACCUUCAACUCAAACCUGCUGUAGAGUGGAAACGACCUCAGGAGUUAUGCAGGUUCCCGCAGUUUAUAGUUGACGGAGCCACACGGAUGGACGUCUGCCAAGGAGUGCUGAAUGAUUGCUGGUUCCUCUCGGCUGUGGCGUCGGUGGCGAUGAAUCCUCCUCUGCUGAAACGAGUCGUUCCGACGGAUCAGAGCUUCCAGAACCGAUACACCGGCUGCUUCUCAUUCCGGUUCUGGCAGUAUGGUCAGUGGGUGGAGGUAAAGGUGGAUGAUCGUUUGCCGACUCAGAACGGUCAGCUGAUCUUCCUGCGGUCCAAUCAGAGUAACGAGUUCUGGAGCCCCCUGCUGGAGAAAGCAUACGCCAAGUUGAAGGGCGGGUACCCGGCUCUGAAUCUAGGUUUUCCUCACGAGGCUCUGGUGGAUAUGACGGGCGGAGUUACGGAGGUGCUGAUGGUUCAGGCUCUACCGGUGGCGCUCGGCUCCUUCCUGCGCCCCCUGCUGGCCCGGGGGACCCUCAUCAACUGCGCCAACACUCAGGGUCCACUGGAGAAGAAGAAUGAGUUAGGAAUCCUGUUUAAACACGCCUACACAGUGACUGGGCUCGAGACGGUCCGCACUAAGUAUGGUCCUGUGGAACUGGUUCGGGUUCGAAACCCGUGGGGUAAGGUGGAGUGGGAGGGGCCAUGGAGUGACUCUAAAGGGGUGGAGUGGCGUUCGGUCAGUAGGGAGGAGCACCAGCGGUUGGAUCGGGUCGCGGUGGAGGACGGAGAGUUCUGGAUGUCCGUGUCGGAUUUCCGGCAGAACUUUGAGGUGAUGGAGGUGUGUCACCUGAGUGAUGAAACGCUGAGUGGAGGUGAAACCUACAGACCCUGGACCUGCACAUCAUACCACAGCCGCUGGGAUUCUGCCUCAAGUGUCCCUCAGUACCACCUGACCCUGCUGGAGGAGGACGAUGACCCCGCCGACCCCGAGCUGACCUGCUCCUUCCUGCUGGCGCUGAUGCAGAAACACAGCCGGCAGAGAGGAGUCCUGCUGCCAGCUCAGAUCAGCGUCUACAAGGCUCGGUCUGAGAACAGUCUCCUGACCCAGCUGGACGUUUCGGUUCUCCGGCCGGUUCUGAACUCUGGUUUACAGCAGCAGAGGGAGGUGGUUCUCCGCGGCCGACUGGCACCCGGAAAUUACAUCAUCAUCCCGUCAACCUCGGAGAAACUGUACUCCGCCGAGUUCCUGCUCCGGAUCCUCACCGAGAAAGGGAACACCGCCGUGCCUACACAAAAGCUCGUCAUUGAUAAGUCCAUACCUAAGCAGAUAGUGAAAGAGUCUGUCUUAGCGCUGCCCUCUACCUCUCAGACCCAGAAGCUCUUUAUGAAGCACUGCAAAGAGGGUCAGUGCAGACCACUGCAGCUCCUUAACCUUCUGACUGAAGUUCUGAGUGGAGGAGUGUUAGCAGGCUCGGUGGAGAAGCUGUGUUUGGAGCACUGCAGGAGCUUCGUGGUGUUGAUGGAUAGUCGUGGGCAGGGCCAACUGGACUGGGCGGAGUUUCAGGCACUGUGGGAUAAAUUCAGAACUUGGACGGAAAUAUUUAUGAGAUUUGACACCAAUAAAACUUACUCUCUGGAAUUCCUCGAAAUCUCACCAGCUCUAACUGCAGCAGGUCUGCAAGUGGAUGAGUUUGUCCUGCAGCUGAUUGGUCUGCGCUACACUGAGCCGGAUCUCACCCUCAGCUUCCCCGGCUUCCUGUACCUCCUGCUCAAACUGCACACCAUGAACCGAAAGUUUCAGUCGUUUGAUUCCGUCGGCAUGGGAACGGUGUCACUCAAUUACAGACAGUGGCUCCACAUGACGAUGUAUAACUGAUAUCAGACCUGCGCUCCGACUCCAGCGUCUCCAUUUCACUUUCAUGUGUUUCUAUAAUUAAUAAAUAAUAAUUAAUAUGAAUUAUGCAUAAUUAAGUAGCUGAAAAUUACAAUAACUAUGUCUGAAUGUUUUAGGAUGAUUGUUUAGAUCAGUUAUCUGUAAUUAAACUGUUUUUUAAAUAAAUUUAAUUUUAAUAAUUUUCCAACUGUGACAAAAUUAUAAGCCAUAAAUAAAAUAUUAUAUUAAUUAUGGAAUAUCACAAUAAAAUAAUAAAAACUUAAA